AUGGGAAUUCUCAUUCCCAUCUUGAACUGUCUGGGAUUGUGGGACAGAAAACUCACAAAAGUAGAGAGGCAGAGAUUUAAAGAGGAAGCAGAAAUGUUGAAAGGUCUACAGCACCCAAACAUCGUGAGGUUUUAUGACUUCUGGGAAUCCUGUGCAAAAGGCAAAAGAUGCAUCGUGCUGGUUACCGAGCUGAUGACCUCUGGAACGCUGAAGACGUAUCUGAAGAGGUUUAAGGUGAUGAAACCUAAAGUCCUGCGGAGUUGGUGUCGGCAAAUCCUGAAGGGUCUUCUUUUCUUACACACAAGAACUCCACCAAUAAUUCACAGAGACUUGAAAUGUGAUAAUAUUUUUAUUACUGGACCAACUGGAUCUGUGAAAAUAGGAGACUUGGGUCUGGCAACACUCAAAAGAGCUUCAUUUGCCAAAAGUGUCAUAGGUACACCAGAAUUCAUGGCCCCGGAAAUGUACGAGGAGCACUAUGAUGAAUCUGUGGAUGUCUACGCCUUUGGAAUGUGCAUGCUGGAAAUGGCUACCUCAGAAUACCCUUACUCAGAAUGCCAGAAUGCUGCUCAAAUCUACCGAAAAGUUACCUGUGGUAUAAAGCCAGCAAGCUUUGAGAAAGUUACCGAUCCUGAAAUUAAGGAGAUAAUUGGGGAGUGCAUCUGCAAAAACAAAGAAGAAAGAUAUGAAAUUAAAGAUUUAUUAAGCCAUGCCUUUUUUGCUGAAGAUACUGGGGUAAGAGUGGAACUUGCAGAAGAAGACCAUGGUAGGAAAUCCUCUAUUGCCUUAAGACUCUGGGUAGAAGAUCCUAAGAAACUGAAAGGAAAACCCAAAGAUAAUGGAGCCAUUGAGUUUACUUUUGAUCUGGAGAAGGAAACUCCUGAUGAUGUUGCACAAGAAAUGAUUGACUCGGGCUUUUUCCACGAGAACGAUCUCAAGAUCGUGGCCAAGUCCAUCCGUGACCGGGUGGCGCUGAUCCUGUGGCGCAGGGAGCGCAUCUGGCCCAGGAUGCAGUCGGAGGAGCGCCGUGACUCGGAGUGCCUGGACAAGCUGAAGGCACCGCCGGCACAGCAGGUCCAGGUCACCUACCUGUCCCACACGGGCCACCACAUCCUGUCGGAGCCCGAGGAGCCCGAGGCGGACCAGCACCCCUUCCAGCAGAACCUGCCCGCCAGCGUCACCUCUGUCGCCUCUGACAGCACGUUUGACAGUGGCCAGGGCUCCACGGUUUAUUCAGACUCGCAGAGCAGCCAGCAGAGCGUCAUCUACUCGUCCCUGCCCGACACUGUCCCUCCUGCCAUCCAGAGGGUGUACAGCCCCCCCCUGAGCGAGGGCCAGCCCGUGCCCCACAGCCUCCCCCAGCUCGGCCACUACCAGCAGCCCUCGGCACCCGUGCUGCCCGCCGUGCCAGCCACGCCCGCCGUGGUGCCCCAGCACUACAGGUGCCCGCCAGCAGCACGCCCCUGAAGCCCCUGCAGAUCUCCACCGUGCCGCAGCUCCCAACCGUGGCCCCUUCCCAGAUUCCUCAGUUUCCUGUCAUUCCUGCAAUUACUCCUCUGGCGGGGCUUGACAGCCUUCCUCCAAACCUGUCCGACAUCCCCACUGCAAACGUGCCCCCCAUUCCUGCUCCCUCGCAGUACUUCGCUCCAGCCGUGAUCCUGCCCAGCCUGCCCAUGAACCCCACGCUGCCCAUGGCGCCCAACUCCCCCGCCCUCCUGGCAGGCCAGGGGAGCACUGCUUUCUCUGGAAAACCCGGCGUCGUCCACCCUCCCGAGCCCGCUCACCAGCCCAUGCCUGGACACAGUCAGUUUGCCCUGGAAGCUGGAGCCCAGGUGCCCGUGCUGCCAGUGCAGCCCUCCAUGGUCAUGUCACCGCCGUUGCAGCUGCAGCCGGAGCUGGUGCCGCCCUGCGUCGCUCCCGAAGGCGCUGCCCAGGCCCACGGCAGCCUUGCCACAGCUGCCCCGCCUGCCCCCAUAGAGCCUGGCCUGCCUCUCCAGCCCUCUGCUCUGCUGCAGCUCCAGCCUGAUCUUUCGCAGCCUCUGGGCCAGCAGCUCCCAGCUCCCUGCUUGCCUGUCACGGCGGGCACAGAGACAUCUCAAGAGGAGCAGGCAAUACAGGACAAACUCCAAGCUCUGUCCCAGAGUUGCGAAAGCUACAUGAGUCCAGAUGUUGCUUCUGGCAAAGAGAUGAGUGACAGCUUGGAAGGAGCAACAGGAAGUGGAAAGCAAGAAGGAAAGUCUUCAAAGAAGCAUAAGAAAUCCACACGCGCUCGUUCGCGCCAGGAGAAGUCCAACAGACCCAAACUGACCAUACUAAAUGUGUGUAACACAGGGGAUAAGAUGGUGGAAUGCCAGCUUGAAACCCAUAACCACAAAAUGGUGACGUUCAAGUUUGACUUGGAUGGUGACGCGCCGGAGGAAAUUGCCACUUACAUGGUGGAGAAUGAAUUCAUCUUGCAAAGUGAAAAAGAGACUUUUAUUGAACAAAUGAAGGAUAUCAUUGAUAAAGCAGAGGAUAUGCUCAGUGAGGAUACAGAAGGAGAGCGAAGUUCUGACCAGGGAAUAAGUCCCCAACAAGAUGCAGAUAGGCUGGAAAUAAGCGAGGAGAAGCGUCAGUCUCAAAUGAAGACGCCUGUGUAUCAGCAAAAUGUUUUGCAUACCGGAAAAAGGUGGUUUAUUAUAUGUCCAGUGGUUGAAAACCCUACUACAGAUGCCCCUGAGUUUUCUCCCCCGGUGCCUCCCAGUGCCCAGCAGACAGACGGGCCAGACGCGGAGCAGUCAGAUGACCAGCCGGUGAGCUCUGCGGUGACAGAGGCGCCUGGGCUCGGGGCUGGCCAGCAGCUUCCCCUGCACACAGGGGUCAGUGACAGCCCCCUUGGAGCCGCCCUGUCCCUGGCACCGGCUCCUGCUGCGGCAGCUCCUGCCAGCGUAGCAAGCCAGCCGGAGUUCCCAGCGCCAGCCCCGCUGGCACCUGCCCCGAGCAUGGCGGAGCCCGCGGUGGCCGGCGGGGCUCAGCCGGAGUUCCCGCAGCCCGGGGCCCCGGCCCCCCGGCCAACCCCGCCGCCCGGGCCCCCCGAGGCCCCGGCCCCGCACCUGCCGCCGCCGGCGGACGAGCCGGCCUGCGUGCCCGACGUGGAGAUCGCCUGCUGCAGCGUGGGGCCGCCCGCGGCCGCGCCGGCGGCUCUGGGGCCGCUGCCUGCGGACGCCGCGGUGCUGGAGCGGCAGCCGGCGCCGCAGGGGCCGCACCUGCUGGAGGGCGGCCAGCCCGGCGCGGGGCCCUUCGGCAGCCAGCCCUUCCCCGCGGCCGCCGGCCCCGACGGCCUGGCCCUGGCGGGCUCCCAGCUCCAGAGCCCCACGCAGGUGCCGGUGGCCGCGUCCCAGCAGCCGCCGGUGGCGCAGAGCGGCGCGGGGAUGGCCGGGGCAGGGGUCGGCCUGCUCCAGCAGCAGAACCCCCCCGGCACCGCCGAGUCCGACGGCGAAGGCCCCCCCAGGGUGGACUUCGUGGACAACACGAUUAAAAGCCUUGAUGAGAAGCUGCGCAAUUUGCUGUACCAGGAAUAUGUUCCAACUUCUUCGGCAUCAGCAGGGACGCCAGACACCUCUGUGCCACCCGAACAGGGCGACAGUGAAUUUACCUUACCCCCUUUUCCUGAAGAGCAAGCUCCUGCCCCAGCGCUGGAUGGGAGAGAACCGAGCUAUAGCACUCCGGACACCGGCCAGGAGUUGAACAAGCCAGAAGUCACUGGUGUGAGUGCUCAUCCCUCAGAGGCAAGAGGUGGGUCAGCAGGCGGAACAGGUCCAGCCACAAGCAUCACUUCAGCUCCUGCUGCUCCAGCAAAAGGCCUCCUUCAGGUUGCACCUUCAUCAUCAGGCACAGCUCCACAGAUGGAGACUUUCCAGAGGAGUGAGGAGGCAGAGAGGACGGCUUCGCCCGCACACGCAGAGAGCGUAACGCGGCGAGUGACGGCAGAUGGGGCGAUGAGUAACUUCCACAGGGAUGGUUCUCCGGGCUCUGGUCCCUAUGGAAAACAGGCUGAGGCUCAGGAGAGCGGCACGCCAGCCAAAACCAUUGGCAGGUUUUCAGUCAUCAGCACGCAGGACGAAUUGACUUUAGCAGCGCCGCACUGCUUGAGGUUCUCGGCGCCCCCAGACGUGUACCUGGACGAGCUGCCCUCCAGCCCGGACAUGAAGGCCGCUGUGCGCAGGGUGCAGACGGCCUCGUCCGUGGACGUGCUGUGUGACCAGGCCUCGAGCGACUCGGCCGACGAGCCCUGCCCGCGGCAGCCGGCCCCUGCUGCAGCUGCACAGCUCUCCCCGCCCAGCAGCAGCACGGCCACGGACCUCAUCAAAAAAGCGGCUGCGUUUCUGCAGAGGUCUGCCAAAGGUGGCUCCCCUGGCCCAGAGUCUCCCAAUGGGCAAGGUGCGAAGAUUCCUACGAUCAACAUCACGUCCUUCCACUCGCAGUCGUCCUACAUGAGCAGUGACAAUGACUCAGAGUUUGAAGAUGCUGAUAUGAAGAAAGAGUUGCAGAACCUGAGAGAAAAGCAUAUGAAAGAGAUUGCUGAGCUGCAGACACAGCAGAAGAACGAGAUAGAGGCACUGUAUAUUCGCCUGGGGAAACCCCUUCCUCCCAACCUGGGCUUCCUUCACUCUGCCCCGCCAAGCAGCCGGCGCCGAAGAACGAGCAAAAACAAAUUGAAAGCCGGAAAGCUCUUAAACCCUCUGGUCCAGCAGCUCAGGAGUGGAACAUCAAGCACAAGUAACCUCUCAGACUCUAAAGACUCGCCCCACAGAGAAAGCAGUACCGCGCAGCCCGGUUUCCCCGCAGCCGCCGCGGUGCCGGCCGGCGCAGCGCCCGCCCUGGGCAAGGCUGUGCAGACCCAGCAGCCCUGCUCUGUCAAAGCCUCUCUGUCCUCUGACAUCUGCUCCGGCCUGGGCCCCGACGCCGCCGACGCCAACGCAGGCGCUGGCCAAGGCUGGACGGUUUUCCACCAAACGUCU